AUGACUCUCACAUUCAAAGAGUUAAGAGGAUGCGGUUUAGCGGCAGUAGGACUAUGGUUACUUUUAGACCCUAAUACACAGAAAUAUGUGGAAUCAAUCGACAACUUAGAAGAGUAUUACAUCGGCACGUAUGUGAUGAUUGGGUGCGGUGGCUUAAUGAUCCUGGUUGGGUUCCUAGGAUGUUGUGGUGCCUGUUGUGAAAGCCAGUGUCUUCUCUGUAUGUAUUUUGUGCUACUGGUUUGUGUGUUUGUCAUUGAAGUCGGUGGUGGUGUUUGGGCAUACUAUCACCGACUAGAAGUCGCUACUAUCAUAAACGAAGGCCUUGAAGAUGCAGUACUCAAUAUAUAUGGCACAGAGGGAACUGAGGAGACUGUAACGGCUGCUAUUGAUUCACUGCAGCAAGGGCUUGAAUGCUGUGGUGCAAAUGGUCCAGUGGACUGGAAGGAUUCAUAUUAUAAUGAAAAUAUACGCAAAUAUUCUGUACCAGAUAGUUGUUGUGUAGAUAUGACAAAUGGAUGUGGUGUUGGAAAAAUAAUUGGUGAAGAUUUAGGUAUCGAUGUUGGAAUAUAUAGACAAUUACUUGGCAUGAUCUUCUCUAUGUGUAUGUGCUGUUCAUUACGGAAAGGCGACGACGGAUAUAGUAAAGCAUAUCCAAUUUAA